UUGUUCGUUUUAUUUUUAAGGCACUUUAGAAAAACCACUUACAAGAAUAUAUGGAAUUCUUAGUGAUAUCAAAACAGUUUCUCUGAAAAUUUGGCUAAUUACAGAAUUAUGGUUCGACUAACAGUGGAUCUAGUUGCUAAAAGCAUCAAUCACAAAAACCGCAAAGAAGAAUCUCUGGCACAGUACCUGAGGAAGAUAACUCACCUGAACUUAUCAGAUAAAAAUAUUGAUACAAUUGAUGACCUCUCUUUGUGCAGAAAUCUUAAUGUCCUGUAUUUGUAUGAUAACCAAAUUAGACAAAUCCAUAACUUGUGCUUUGCUUCAAAUCUAACACACCUGUACCUGCAAAACAAUUGCAUUUCAUGUAUAGAGAACCUCACAUCACUGAAAAAACUUGAGAAACUGUAUCUGGGGAGCAAUUACAUCACAGUAGUAGAGGGCUUGGAAACAUUAGAAGAACUGAGAGAGCUACAUGUUGAAAGCCAGCGGCUUCCUCUCGGAGAAAAGCUCUUGUUUGAUCCAAGAACUCUUCAUUCCCUGGCAAAAUCUUUGUCAGUGUUGAAUAUCAGCAAUAACAAUAUAGAUGAACUGGGAGAAUUAGCACUUCUGGAAAAUAUUUCUCAUCUUAUAGCAGUUGACAACCAACUUCACCAUGUGAAGGAUUUGGAGUUUGUAUUGAACAAAUGGACCAAGCUGUGCAGAAUGGAUCUUAAAGGGAAUCCUGUUUGCCGCAAACCAAAAUACAGGGACAGGCUUAUUAUACAGUCAAAAACUCUAGAAUCCCUUGAUGGGAAAGAAAUAAAAGAAAUAGAAAGACAAUUCCUAAUGAAUUGGAAAGCAUCCAAAGCCUCUAGGAAAAAAAGCAAGGAAGAGAGCAUGACAAAUGAACAUGCAGCUUAUCCACAUUUCUAUGACUUUGGAACAGGCCAUCCCAUUGUUCCUGUUUAUUACAAUCCUUCUGGAAAAGGAAAACCAAAAUUUGUUAUUUUAUCUGAGCUACAUAGGUCUCCACAUAACAGAGAAGAACCUCUGCAAAGACCCCAGGAAGGAAGUAAUGUUAAUGUUAGCAAAAAAUUCAGGUAUGUUCCCCUAAAAGAUCCUGGGUCCAAUUCUGCUAUGUACACUUGUAUGGCUCUCACUGAAGUAGUUGGAACUAAGGGUACGACUACACUAUGAAAUUAGGUCGAAUUAAUAGAAGUUGAUUUUUAGGAAGCGAUUUUAUACAGUCGAUUGUGUGUGUCCCCACUAAGCGCAUUAAGUCAGCAGAGUGUCCACCGUACUGUGUCUAGCGUUGACUUUCGGAGCGUUGCACUGUGGGUAGCUAUCCCACAGUUCCCGCAGUCUCCGCUGCCCAU